GGGGGCUGCCGUGAGGCGGGCGGAGGGGGAAGCGAGGCGGCGCUGGCGCUGCUGGCGCUAGCCAGGGGCGCUGUGCUGGGAAGAAGAGAAGGCGCGGGCUGGCUGCCGGGCUCUCUUCCCCGGAGGGAAUGGCGGAUGCCGUGAUCCGCAGUGGCGGCGAGAUGGAGCCGGAGCAGCAUCAGCGGAUGGAGAAGACCAGCGCGGGCGUCCCCGGAGCGGAGAGUAACAGAGCAGGAGCCGCUGAGGACACUACACAAAAUGGCGGACGCUCUGAGAGCGGUAGCGCUGGGGAGGCGCUGCUGGUGGCUGCUGUUGCUGCAGAGGACAAGGUCCCCACAAACCUCAGCAUCAGUAGCGGCAGCCAGCGCAGGAGCAGCAUCUCGACGGCAAAUGAGCAGCAGCAGCCGCCCAGCGGUGUGCUCAGGGGGCCGCCCCCUCUCCCUAAGCCCCCAGAAGACCAGCAGCCUCUUAGGAGGAACUUUCAGAUCCCCAGGAAGAGCAGAGAAAAGAAAGCACUUUUUCAGCCAGUAUUUCCAGGUUCUCGAGAAUUUGAGGAUAUUAUAAAGAUUCUACAUUCUUCCUACUUGGAUCACAAUUCAAUGUCCAAUUUUAAAUACAGGAGAGCCAGCUUAGUUCAUAGUGAACUGUUGGAAAAGGAAUUCACAGAAAAGCGCAGAGAGCUGAGGUAUGAUGGGCGCCCGGAGAUGGAGCUCUCAGAAAGUUACGCGUUCCUCAUGGUGGAUCUGUGCCAGAUUCGGAGCAUAUGUGAAAAGGGACUGCAGGUUGGCCACUCCAAAAUCACAGUUCUUGGCAGCCCUUCCAUGGGUGUAUAUAUCUCCAAGUAUGCUGAUUUGUUGCAGCCUAAUCCUCUAGAAUUUGGAGCAACGGGAGAUGUGAUUAUUUUUAAAAUAAUAAAGGGAAAAAUGAAAAGCAUAUAUGACCACAUUGGUAUGAAAGCAAUGGAAUCAACUGUCAGGAGUGUGUUGGAUCCCACCCCAAAGCACGAGUGUCAUGUUUCAAAGAAUGCAGCUAAAGUCACCUCCUUGUUUGCUUACCGAGCCUACGAACUUACUCAGUUCUACUUUUAUGAAUACAGCUUUGAUGAGAUCAGGCGAAGACCAAGACACGUUUGUCCUUAUGCUGUUGUUUCAUUUACUUAUAAAGGUGACAUGGUACAAGGACCAAAAUCUGUGCCUCCAUCAAGAGCAAACACCUUCCAUGCAGAUAGAAGUACAGAGAAACCUAAUGUUACAUUGUGGAGGGGACAGCUUUGGAUUAAAGGCAAACUUGUGUGUCACGUUUCCCUAAAAUCAGCACAACCUUUCCUUCCAUGCAAGCUUCCUGAGAAGCUUGAGGUUGAAAAAGUUGCAAGCAUUGAUCAGCUGAAGAAAAAAAUUUCACCAUCAUCGUUCUUAAAAGAAACUUACCAAGACAGAAAAGAAGUGCGGAAGAAUGGCCUGUACUGUAGCCUGUAUGAAGUUGUGGAGAAGUCCCGUUCUGGGAGUCACUUAGAGGGUUUACUUCAAAAACUAGAGAAAGAGAAUCUUGUCCUUGUGAAGCCACUUGUGGACAGAGGAUUUCUUUUUCUUCUUUCUCCUGGGCAAAUGAUGUCCCCUUAUGACCACCAGAGUGGACGGUCCCGUGUGCUUCAUGCAUUGUUUCUGUUUCCAGAGUCUAGAGAUGUAAUUUAUUCAGCACAAGAAAGUGUUCCAUAUGGAACACAGAAAAAUUCAACUACCGAGAAAAAGGAAAUAGUUCGAGAGUUCACAAAGUUGAUUCAGUCUCUGCAUUUUGCUUUGAUCCAGUCCCGCAGACACAGCGGUACAGAUUUCAAUGCUGUUGUGAAAAAGUGCAUGUAUGAGUACUUUAAAAAACUCUACAAUGGCCCUGGAAGAGGUAGAGAAUUUACAUUUCGUGAGUACUCAGCACAUCUGGAUGACAAAACAGCUCUGCAUCCUGCCCCAAAAUACAAAGGUCACAUUAGCAGUUGCUUGCAGAACUAUAUUUUCGGUUGUGAGGCCUAUCAGCUCCCUGUUUCCAGUGCUAAGGAGCUGCUGGAUAGAAAUCGGAAGCCUCAGCGCUUCAGUCCCAUCUCAGGUUAUGAAGCUACAGAAGACUACUCUGACUUUGCCAAGGCAAAAUGCAGGAAAAGAAUCCAUCCCAGAUAUGAAGCCACUGCUGUCAAAAAAAAACUGCCUCCUUUUGGAGACUAUGAUACUGAAAGACUCAAAGAUCUUAUUAACUUGAUCCAGUGUAGGAAGAAAAACGUUGGUGGAGAUUCUGAUUCUGAAGACCCCAGAAUUAGAAGUGGUCUGAAAAGAAAGCUGGAAAAACAAUCUGAAAAUUUGCAGAAAUACCUAAAAAUGAGUGACUCUUCAGAGAAUAUUUUUCAGUACAAAGGGGGCAGAACCUUGGAUUCACCACACUCUGUGUUCUCAACGAAUUCUGACCAUGGUGGCCACGAGGGUGACUUCAGGCAGGUGGAUGUGUCCAACGCCGACAUCGAAGCGCUGCUGGAGAAACUGGCGUCUCCUGGCCACCAGGACCAGGCGCUGGCACAGUAUGUCACUCAGGCCUUAGCAAUGGACACUGAGGAAAUUGAAGAGUAUGUGAGACAAAAAUACGGCUAUGAAUCCAUUGCAGCUCAGGACAGAGAUGAUCGUGAGCUUCCUAACACUGCCCGGGCUGACAGUGUUGCCUUCAAGGACCCGCAGAGCCCGGCCAUGCUGGAGACUGAUGUGCUGUGCUUGCCCUGCCCCAUCGAUGUCGGUCUGCAGCUCCCACCCAACGAAGCACCCCUUGAGCACACACUGCAUUUACAAGAAAGAAGCACUGAGAGUACCUUUGAAGACUGCAGUCCCUGUCCUAGUGCACCUACAGAACAUGGCUAUCUCAGGCAACAUCCCUGCUCCAGUAAUCUAGGGGAAGUCGGAAUGCACUGGAAACUUAUCCCAAUUACAGGUCUGAAAACACCAGAAGAGCCACUGGAAUACUUGCCACCAAUGGAUGCACUUCCUAAUGACCCCCGGGUAGUAAAUAGACAGAGAAAUUCUGAUUAUCAAUUGCCAUGCUCUCCAUUUUCAGACACACAGAAGGGGACAGCAGAAGAUGGACAUUUCACAGGACAAGUGGAGAAACCUGAAGAUCAGUAUGAACUAACAGAUCAACCUUUUACAGCUAAGCAUUCCAUUAGUGCAGUAAUAGAGACAACAUUGUUAGAAGAAAAUAAGCUCUUUGCAAGAAAGAUUCAAGAAAUUUUGCAGCAAAAAAACAUUCCUUAUGUCAGUGACAUGUCCACACCAGUCCUUUCGGCCCAGGAGAGGAUAAUGAGACUUUCUGAACACAUCUGUUUGCAGGCAUCAGAGAUUUCUGUCCAAGAAUAUAUAGAGAGCCUGAGUGAGAAGCUGAAUAGUGUCAUUUUGGCUUCUUCGUGCAUGAAGCAGACUCCCCCAGUUGAUUCUAGUCCUGGAGCACUGGAGGUGGUGAGCAGCACUGCCCCCGGGCCUGUGCCUGACACGCUGGCCGUGUGCAGGGACAGUGACACGGCGCCAGUCCCAGAGCCACUGUGCAAUGACCUGGGGGAAGAGCUGCAUUCGCACGAGCAGCCUUCAGCAAGCCUACCCCUAGGGAAGGAGAAAAUGCCUCAUGGGAAUGCUAAACCAGAGGAUCAGACUUCUUCUGGUGGUGAUCUCGUGGAACCACCAGAGAAGACUCAGAAAUCCCCUGAGAACUUAAACAUUUCAAUUCAACCAGCUUCUGAUUUCAUAAGCCAGUUAAAACCUGAAUUAUUUACCAGUUUGGUCAAAAUCAUGGCACGCGUACAGAAAAGCACUCUCAAAUUUUAUAUUCAUGAAGAGGAGGAAAGUGCUCUCUGCAGAGAAAUCAAGGAAUAUCUUAGAAAGUUAGGGAACACAGAGUGCCAUCCAGAGGAGUUCCUUAAAAGAGAUAAUUUGGAUAAACUGUUGAUCAUUAUCCAAAAUGAAGACAUUGCCAACCUCAUCCAUAAGAUCCCUAGCCUGGUGACUCUGAAGAGGCUCUCCUGUGUCAGCUUUGCAGGGGUCGAUAGUUUGGAUGAUGUGAAAAAUCGCACUUAUAAUGAGCUGUUUGUGUCUGGGGGUUUUGUCGUGUCAGAUGAGUCUGUCCUUAACCCAGAGUCCAUCACUCCAGAUAAACUAAAACAAUUCCUAAAAUUUCUGGAGGAUCUUAAUACCCCAGAUGGGAAAUGGCAAUGGAAAGUCCACUGCAAAAUACAAAAAAAGCUCAAAGAGCUGGGGAGGAUAAAUGCCAAUGCCCUGAACUUACUCACCCUUCUGAACACCUAUCAAAAGAAGUACUUGGUUGAGAUUAUGUCUUACCAUAACUGUGAUUCUCAAAAUCGAAAUGCUCCAGAACUUGAGUGUCUCAUCAGGCUUCAGGCUCAAAACAUACAACAGAGACAUGUUGUCUUCCUAACAGAAAAGAAUCUGAAAACUCUCUCGAGUUACGUUGACAAUGGCAUAGUGGUUGCUGCUGUUGAUGACUUUAUGCGUAACUUUAAAAGCCUCAUUGGGUUUCACAACUCUGUUACUGAGCAGAAUCACCUUCCUCCCUGCAGUGCUGGCCAAAGACAAUCAGAUGCUGUUUUGACAUUGUCCCCUUUGGAGCUGGGAGUUGGGAUUUCCCAGCACUAAAUAUGAGCACGGUGUGCAGAAGCUUUUAGCACCGAGUAACUGGACACUCCCACAGAGGGUUAAGUGUGUGUGUUGAGUAAGUGAACACGAGUGGCAGAAGACCAAGACUUAAAGUGCUGUUGGACUGGCAGACCUGAAGUGUAACACUGUGAGUAGUGUAUGGCCUUUUUAACCAAAGUUUAUAUUUCAAUAGAAUAGAACUUUCUCUCUCUUUUAAUGUAGUUCUUGUAGAAAAGGAUGAAAAGGAUGAGGAGGACAUGUCUCUGGAUUCAGGGGAUGAAUUGUCAGAAAUAGAAAUCUGCAGUGGUGCCUCUAAGUAUGAUACUCAUGUGGAAACUUUGCAGACAGAGGCCAAGGGCCCACAUGGAGUAGAUGCUAAAGAAAGCUCCUUAUCAGUUACAGAGUUACCUCCUGAAGCACAAACUGCCCUUGGGGAAAAGACUUACAAAACUGACUUGGAAGAGAAGCAGCCAAUUACUACAGUUUCUACAACAUGCUCUGCUGAAGGAGAAAAACACAAUGCAGUUGAACAAACUCCUUUCAGUAACUUCCAGGUUUAUAGCAGACAAUUAAACAUGUCCCAUCAAUUCAGCCACUUUAAUGUCCUCACUCAUCAGACUUUUCUGGGAACAACAUACCAAAUUUCUCCUGUAAAUCAAAACCAAGACGGGAGCAAUUAUUUUCUAUCUGCCUACCAUCAGAGCAUGGAUACAGAGAAGUCAUUGUCACCUGGUGGCUGGGAUAGCUGCUGUGAUUCUUCCAGGUCAUAUUCAGAACAGAAAUGAACUCUUAAGGCUCUUUUUCUAAGUUGCUGUGGACUUCUCUGUUUCUAAAAUGUUGGAUUAACGAUUUCUAUUUUAUUCUGGAACAAAAUGUUUCUUGUUAUCUCAAAUGUUUUCAUGUUCUAUUUAAAUCCUUGAUGGCCUGUCCCUGUUGGAACCAUCUGAAAAUUUAAAUAAAUACAUAUAUUUUUUAACGUUUACUGUACUUGAAUUAUCUUGUUUGUUGGCACUUUUAAGUUUCUACAUUUGUAUUUGACCUGUUACCUGAACUUCAGUUGGAGGUCUGUUUAAUGUAAACCUGAAUGUAUGCCUAAAAUAUGUGAAAGAUCCACUUGGUUUUUUUUCUUAACCACAAGAGUAUCCAAGUCAUGUUUCUUUACAUAAAUAUUAAAAUUAAUGUAUUUAUUUGACAUGGACACAAAUUUUGUAUGAUGUUUUUACAUAGCUCUAAGGCAGUGUACUUAUUUUCAUGACUAUAUACUGGAUUUUGGCUAAAUACCUCAAUUAGAAUAACCAUAACCAAUGGUGCAGUUACAUUACAAAAAAGUCAAAUAAACUCUUAAUGCACAAGGGACUUGCUAA